AUGUCUUCUUUAUUAGAGAAAAAGAAAGUUGUAAGAAAAAUGGCGGAGAAAAUUUCAUCUAACAUAAUUGAGCUUUACAAUCUAAGUCACGAUCCAGAUCUCGUUCUCGCUCUUUCACGCGAAGCAUCUCCCGUUCCAGGUCCAGAUACAACCAGCAAAGAUGCCGAGAAAGAUCGUUUUCCCUUUCGCCGAUCCGUCCAGGAGGCUUUCAGCCGCAAGGAUUCGCCCGAGCAACACGGGGCUUCGUCAAAGAGCUUCCUGAAAGUAUCAAGCGCGCCUAUGAGCGCAUCCGCCGCCCGAGGACAAAAACUCGAUCGAGGAGUAAGUCAAGAAGUAGGUCCAAAAGCGAAAGAAAGAGAUCCCUCACGCCCAAGAGAAAAAAUCUCCCUCGCGAAAACGAUCACCAUCUCCAUCACGAAGUCCAUCGCCAAGCAUUGUAAAGUCCGUGAGCGAAUCUCCAAAGAAAAGAAAACCGAUAAAAAGUCCAAAGAAAGCGAAGAAGUCUCGAAAGCGGAGGUUCCGCUUGAAAAAGGAACUGAAGAGCAGUCGAAGAGUCGUAAAAAGAGCGAUAAUGUUACCCGAACUGUGGACCAAAAUAUGUCUAUCAGCAAAUGUCGUCAGCUAGUUCUCCACAGAAAGGCCGAAUUCACAACGAUAUUCUCUCAUGUGGAUCAAUCCAAACUACCAAAAGACCCUGAUGCUAUCGUUGGCGCUAGCACUGUGUCCAAGGGCAAUCUGCUCCAAGCUAUCUUCGGAGGGGAUGAAGAAGAAGAGAGUGAUAAAGAACUUGACGAGCCAGAAGCACUCAAAGCUGCUAAAAUCAAGGCGUCAAAAGAAGAUCGUAAAAACACUACUGGCAUCAAGCUCAACGAUCGGAUCACCUGGUGGGCCGAAAUGAAUGAUGGCCACGCUUCCGCGAGUUCCUCCGGAUCUGAGGGGAAAGAGAGUAAACCGAAAAAACGCAAAACUAAACGAAAAAGUAGUCCUGAAACUGUUAGUCGAACAAUCACGAUGACAGUGAAAGAGUCUCGUGGAUCAGUUGAGUCGCGCUCGACAGCUAUAUCGGCAACUAGAUCACAGUCUUCUGAAAGAAACGCUAGGGCCGCCUCCAGAGAACAAAACGGAGCAGCAUCCAGGAUUAGAACGAUAACAAGAAAGAUAUCCAGGUCGACUUCCAGGCGACGAUCGCGCUCGAGGAGAUCCAGGUCAGGAAGGUCGGGCUCGCGAAGAUCGGGCUCACGAAGGCGUUCUCAAUCGCCUAUAAUCAGAGACUCGAGAAACUUUGAAAACGGAUACAGAAGAGGAAGAUAUAUUCCAGGAAGAUCUCGUUCUCGGUCAAGAGGGCGAUCUCCAUCGCUAGAUGCUAAACGAAAGCCCUGUGUUUUCUUUUUCUCAAAAGAGGCGAAAGGAUGCAAGUGGAGCGCCAGAGAAUGUAAAUUUUCUCACAAUCAAGAUGAUUAUGAUUAUUGGAAGCGGCAAAACGGCCACGAGUUACCGAACACUGGCCUUAUCCAUCGUACAGAACCUGUUUAUCCUACAGAACGAAACCGUCGUCGUUCACGCAGCUUCUCACCAAGGCGCUAA